GACCAAAACUUUUUUCUCGAGUUUAGUUGUUUACUUUUCUUGGCAUCAUUAGUACAUGCACAAGUCCACUUAAUAGUCUUCUCUCUCCCUCUCUCCACAUUCAAGAAAUUUUUAGAAAAUCUCUUCCAAUAUUCUGGAUGAUGGUGUAGAGCUGUAGAAGCACCUCUCAAUCUUGCAGUCUUCACUUCUGAGACCACUUUGGUGUUUUCUUGAAGCCUCACGUUUCAGAGGGCUACGGCGGCGGCGGCCUGUAUACUAAAUCAUCUGUGUUGGUUGAUGAGGCAUUAAUGGUGCAAUAGUUGUAGUCUUGAAGGGUUUUGGAGGGGUAGGUAGUUGGUAAAAACAAAAAAAAAUUCAAUCUUGUUACAGUUUUUCUCUGUUUAGACCAAAUUAGAUAUGGGUUUGGGGUAUUAUGGCUCCCUUAUGCUUCUUGCAUUGCUAUUCAGGCCUUUUGUCUGCCAAGAACCUAACCCAGAUGAAUCUUUUGUCCUAGAAUUCUUUCACAAGAUGAGCCAAAAUACAAACUUUUCUGGCCCAUUCUGUUCUUGGAGGGGAGUAAUUUGUGAUAGUCAUGGUGGGAAUGUUGUGAAAUUGGAGGUUUCAGGUUUUGGUUUAUCUGGUGCAAUCCCAGAUUCCACCAUUGGUAAACUCACAAAGCUUGAAUCUUUGGAUCUCAGCAACAACUAUAUCACAGCCUUACCUGAUGAUUUCUGGGAUUUGGGCUCUCUCAAGAAUCUCAACCUCUCACAUAACCAAAUUUCUGGGGUGUUACCUAGUAACAUAGGCAACUUUGGCCAGCUCCAAAGCUUAGACCUUUCUUUCAACAAAUUAUCUGGGAGCAUCCCUGAAGCAGUCAGCUCACUUCCCACCUUGCAAUCCCUCAACCUAAGCCGAAACAUGCUCGAAUCAAGAAUCCCUUUGGGGAUUCUGCAAUGCAAAUCUUUGUUCUCCAUCGAUCUUUCAGCAAACAAGCUGAAUGGCUCUCUUCCUACUGGCUUUGGUGCUGCAUUGCCUCAGCUGAGGUUCUUGAAUCUUGCUGGGAACAGCGUUUUAGGCCGGGAUUUGGAUUUUGCAGGGAUGAAAUCGAUUAAGGUUCUUAACAUUUCAGGCAAUCUGUUUAAGGGCCCUGUCGUUGGUGUUUUUGUAGGGCCAUUGGAGGUGAUUGAUCUGAGCAGGAACCAGUUUCAUGGCCACAUUGCUCAGGUAAAUUUCAGCUCCACCUUCAAUUGGUCGAAUUUGCUGCAUUUGGAUGUAUCUGAGAACGCGUUUAGUGGGUGGUUUUCGACUGGUUUAAGCCGUGCUGUGAAUCUUAGACACCUUAAUCUUGCACACAAUAGGUUUAGAGAGCAAGAGUUCUUGCAAGUUGAUAUGCUUUCUGGUUUAGAAUAUCUGAAUUUAUCAGCAACUAAUUUGAUUGGUGAGAUUCCUAGUGAUAUCUCUCAUUUGAGUAGUUUGAGGAUUCUUGAUCUAUCCAAGAACAAUCUUAGCAGCCCAAUACCUCGAACUAUUGCAAUGAAUCUUCGUGUUCUUGAUCUUUCUUACAACAAGCUAGUAGGAGGGAUCCCAUUGAUGCUCAUGCAAGAACUCCAUGAGUUGGAGAGGUUCAACCUCUCUUACAACAACCUUAGCUUUUGUGGGUCACAGUUCUCCUCCGAGAUUCUCCAAAGUGCGUUUAUUGGAUCAGUAGACAGCUGCCCUAUAGCUGCCAAUCCAGCCUUCUUCAAGAAGGACUCUCCAAAGCAUAGAGGGCUAAAGCUCGAGGUGGCUCUAACCCUCUCGAUGGUUUUAGUGCUCGUGGGGCUGCUCUUUUUGGCAUUUGGGUGUCGAAGCAAGACCUCAAUGUGGGCAGCGAAGCAGAGUUCAAGUAAGGAAGAGCUCACUAUCUCGGGCCCCUUCUCGUUCCACACGGAUUCGACUACUUGGGUGGCUGAUGUGAAGCAAGCCACAACGGUGCCUGUGGUGAUCUUUCAGAAGCCAUUGCUCAACUUCACAUUCGCGGACCUCCUGUCUGCAACGUCUCAUUUUGAUCGAGAUACAUUGUUAGCUGAGGGGAGGUUCGGCCCUGUGUACCGUGGCGUGUUGCUAGGAGGCAUUCAUGUUGCUGUCAAGGUCUUGGUCCAUGGAUCGACAAUGACAGACGAGGAAGCUGCCAGAGAGCUCGAGUAUCUUGGCCGUAUCAAGCAUCCAAACCUUGUUCCUCUAACCGGAUAUUGCUUGGCCGGGGAGCAGAGGAUAGCCAUCUACGAUUACAUGGAAAACGGAAACCUACAUAACUUGCUAUACGAUCUGCCCCUAGGCGUGCAGGUCACGGAGGACUGGAGCACUGAUACUUGGGAAGACGAGAAUCAUGGGAUACGGAAUGCUGGCUCAGGAGGCUUGCUCACGAGUUGGGGAUUCAGGCACAAGAUCGCGCUUGGCACUGCUCGUGCGCUUGCAUUCCUUCACCACGGCUGCUCGCCUCCCAUCAUCCACAGAGAUGUGAAGGCCAGCAGUGUUUAUCUGGACUUUGAGUUGGAGCCAAGGCUCUCCGACUUCGGACUAGCUAAGAUAUUCGGGGAUGGCCUUGACGACGAGGUUGCUCGCGGAUCACCAGGAUACGUGCCUCCCGAGUUUCUUCAGCCAGAAAGUGGCUCUCCGAAAGCCCCCACCCCAAAAUCUGAUGUGUAUGGAUUCGGAGUGAUACUCUUCGAGCUCAUCACCGGGAAAAAGCCAGUUGGAGACGAGUAUUCGGACGAGAAGGAAGCAAACCUAGUGACUUGGGUGCGAGGGCUGGUGAGGAGGAGCCAGGGGUUGCGAGCCAUCGAUCCAAACAUCCGUGGGACUGGGCCAGACAAGCAGAUAGUCGAGGCCUUAAAGAUCGGAUACCUAUGCACGGCCGAUGCUCCUUCGAAGCGGCCGAGCAUGCAUCAAGUGGUGGGACUGCUCAAGGAUCUUGAACCAGUUACACAAGAAUGAAGAGAAAAAUAGUCGGUACAUUUAAGCCUUUAGCCUUGUUCUUGUUCUUGUAUUUUCCUUCAAUGAUCUACUUAGUUUUGUUUGUGACUUAAUUGUCUAUGUUUCUCUUGGUUACAAUGUCCAUUUUAUAUACAAAUGCUUUGUUCAUUCAAUUUC